AUGUCCGACACCUCAUCAGAUUGGUCGCCCGACUCCCCCCUCUGGGGCCUGAGCGCAAAGCUUUCGCGAGAUGGCCUCCUGGCCUCGAUAUACUCGACGUUUGCCGUAGCAACAGUGUUUCUCUGCCUGCGUCUCAUCCUUCGCUGGCGGUACAACGGCCGCCUCCUUCUCGACGACUACUGGAUGCUCUUCGCCUACCUCGCCUUCAUCACACAGACAGUCAUCCAGACCGUCCAGCUCGACGCCAUGUGGUACGUGGUCUACCUGGACUACGGCCGCAUCGCCCCCACGGACCCGGACAGGUAUCGCCAGGCCCGGGAGAUGGCGAGGUGGUCCUUUGCCGUCACGGCCCUGUUUUGGACGGUGCUCUGGAGCGUCAAGGCCAGUCUGCUCGUCACAUUCUACAAACUCGUGCGGCCCAUCACGCGGCUGCGGAGAAGUCUGUAUGCCGUGGCUGGCUUCACCGUGUUGUCGUAUGUGGGGUGCUGGGUAAUCUAUACAUGUCUGCGCGCGAGCCCCGAGGACAUGUACCUCUUCGAGACCAGCCGUGCCGAGCACCAAGCCCGCACCAGCGCCAUCUUUGUCACCGUCGUCGAUACCCUGAGCGACAUUCUCAUCGCGCUGCUGCCCAUGUACAUCCUGCCGAGCCUGCAGUUGAGUCGCGGCAAGAAGGUCGGCAUCGGACUGACUUUUGCUCUGGGCCUGUUGGUCGUUGCCGUGGCCAUUGUGCGCAUGACGCAGAUCACCUGUGGCUACGGGAUAGACUACAUCGGUGUCGCCCUCUGGGGCGCCGUAGAGACUGCAACGUCGAUUGUCGUCGGUUCACUGCUGUCGCUCGGCGGUGUGUUGACCAAGGGUCUCAGGGGCCUUCGACGUGGGACGGGCUACUCGAAGCAGUCGGCCUCUGCUGGCGGCACGGGCUCUGCCGGGGGCAAGGGCAGCUAUUAUUCCAGCGGCUUGUCGAGUUCGGCGCGGAAACGGGGGAGUUCAGGUCUGGCGUCGACGUCAGACUCUGACAAUGAGCUUGUUCAGUCUCAGCUGAGAGAGAGUGCGUGUGUGUUGGAGGUCCAGAAGACGGUGGAGACUGAUGUGUACUCUGAGUAUGCUCAUGAUACAAAUGGACACGAUGGACUGCCGGAGAUGAGGGAGAAGGAACUACAGUUAGCGUAA